UAUUAGUCCGGUAGUCGGCCAUAUUGGAGGAAAACGAAAAUAAAGCAACAACGCUGUCACUACACAGCUUUCCGCAGACAAAACGACAGAGCAUCUAGCUAACUUGAUAUAACCGUAUGUUUUAACUAAGAGAGGAAAAAUAACUGCAAAGAUUUGCGGAGGUGGAUGGCGUAGAUUCAAUCGUUAAGCUAAGCUAAUUUUCACACAACGUCUUGCUUGCUUGCUAACGUAGGCUAAGCUAAAGGUUCUCUCAGCAUUGCAGCGGCAAGAACUUUAAGACAAGUGGGAUGUUCUGACCAUCCGUGUCGGAUAUCUCCUUCGCAUACGAACCACUUAAAACCCGAAAGAGUGAAACUUCAACAUGCUUACUGGCGAGCGGUCAGGAGGUAACAAGACCAGCACAAGCCCUGCGGAGAACUAUUACCUGGCACGGCGGCGCACCCUUCAGGUCGUGGUUAGUUCUUUGUUGACAGAAUGUGGCUUCGAGAGUGCGGAGAAAGCUGCAGUGGAAACCUUAACAGAAAUGAUGCAGAGCUAUAUAACUGAAGUAGGGCGAUGUGCAAAAGCAAACUGUGAGCAUACAGCAAGAAGCACCCCGACACUGUCAGAUGUGGUCAUUACACUGGUGGAAAUGGGUUUUAAUGUAGACACAUUGCAAGGGCACGCCAAAAGAUCCCAGAGGAUGGUCAUAACUGCACCUCCAGUAACGAAUGCCCCAGUGAUCCCCAAGUCCCUUGUGACUGGACAGAAACGAACUCACCCUGCUUACAUCCCCAGUCACUUUCCAGAGUUUCCAGACCCUCAUACAUACAUCAAGACCCCAACGUUUCGUGAGCCCGUGUCAGAGUACCAGGUGGUGCGCGAGAAGGCAGCUUCUCAGAGGAGAGAUGUUGAGAGAGCCCUCACACGCUUCAUGGCCAAAACUGGGGAAACACAAAGCCUCUUUAAAGAUGACCUCACUGCCUUUCCAUUGAUAGCAGCACGGCCGAGCUCUAUCCCGUACCUGAGUGCCCUCUUGCCCUCUGAGCUGGAGCUGCAGACGCUAGAGGAAACAGACUCAUCUGAACAGGAUGACCAGACAGACACAGAGAACAACCUUAACAACACAAUUCAUGAUGAUGCAGGAGCAGAUAAGGAGAAUGCUGUACUGCCACCUGGUGGUGGUGUCCCUACAGUGAAAUCAAACGAAGAAAAUAUGAUCGAUAACCCCUACCUACGGCCAGUGAAGAAGCCAAAAGUGAGACGGAAAAAAUGAACGACAGAUAAACAGACUGAAGUAUAAUACAAGACAACAGCAGUCUGACUUUGUGGUGCUCAUGGGUCACAUUGUGCCUCUGAAAAUCAUGGGAAUAACAAAGUUCUGCAGUCAGAUGAUAAGCAACUGCAUUGUUGCAUUUUGAAACAAUUUUUCAAUUUUAUCAUGAUACGCCAUUGAUAAACAGCCCUACAGUUUUUGAAUAUAGUUUUAGAUAUUUAGUUGGCUUAUUGGUGUUCUCAAAACAAACAGAUAACUGAGAAGAGAUAAAUGUUUGUUUGAUGAUUGCCCCACCUUUUGAUAUUCUUCUUUGUCAAGGUAUUCAUAAUUGAAGAAAUGAGGAAAAUAAAUGUUUCCCCCCUCCACA